GCCUCCUCCCCAGAAAGUGACUCAUUCUGCGUGUAAACAGAUGCAGUCAAUCCCCCUCCUCAUCCAUCCUCAUCCACUCCCUCGGAGGCGACUUUUAUGGAUCGCAACACCCUUGCGCCCAGGAGGUGGGAUCACGAGGGCGUCAUAAAGCUGACAAAUGCAGGCCAUUAUUGAUCUCUUUAAAACCAAUCAGUUCCCCCACUUAUUAAACCGGGCCCUGCAACCAUGUCGACAACAAGGAACGCGUUUCUCACCACCUUCAAGCAUAUCACCCGUCCUGCACCCACCUCCAGCGCUAAUGCGACUGCCCGAGUCCCCAGGGUCACCAAACCCAUCGUCUCGGCGCCCAUGAAUGGUUGGUCUGGACCAAACCUCGUCGCCACCGUCGCCAACCAUGGUGGGUUCCCGAUUUAUCCCAUCGGAUACUACACCGAUCCCUCCAAAAUCCUCAAGGAUCUUCAGUCGAUUCCUCCGCUAUUGAAUGACCCAGAAUCCGAUAAUGACGGUCAGCAGGAUACGGAUGUGUUCAUGCCCUAUGCUGUUGGAUUCAUCUCCUUCUGGCUUGAUCUCAAAGGACCAGAACUGCUUCGAAGCAUUCUCAAGGGCCAAGGUGAUCACCCUGACCGUCGUUCGGCACCUCGCCCUCCUGCAGCUAUUUGGUUCGCCUUUGGCGACUACAAGCCUUUCCUCGAAUUCGUUCGUGAGUAUGGGGCAGUCGGAACAAAGAUCUUUGUCCAAGUCCAGACCGUUCAGGAGGCACUGGAGGCGCAAGAGCAAGGUGUCGACGUUGUUGUUCUGCAGGGAACCGAAGCUGGAGGACAUGGCGCUCAGAGGGUCUCGCCCUUGAUGACCCUCCUUCCCGAAACCGUGCAGGCCUUGAAGGACAAAGUCGCUUCAAAUUCCAGUUUGCAAAUGCCUGUGGUCCUGGCUGCUGGAGGCAUCUCGACCGCUGCACAGGUCACAGCUGUGCAGGCGAUGGGGGCCUCAGGGGUUGUCGUCGGCACAGGAUUCAUGCCGACAUUCGAGUCGCACGGUGCGCAGCACGCCAAAGAGCGUCUCCUGAGAACAAGCGAUGGUGGCGCGAACACUGUCAGGACUCGUAUUUUUGACGAACUGAGAGAGUUCGAUUAUCCAGCGGGUUACGAUGGUCGCGUGGUGCGGAACCUGCUCACGGACCGUGAGGAGGAUGACUUGAAGUAUUGCGGGCUUUAUGAGCAAAAGGGCCAAGCUGCCUUCAAGCUACUGAAAGGAGAUCGAACGGGAACCAAGCAGGAUUAUGAACGUGCGGUCAAGGAGCAAGAUUAUGAUCUGCUGCCUCUCUGGUGUGGCACAGGCGUUGGCAUGCUAAACAAGCAGGUCUCUGCAGCCGAGUUCAUGGAUCAACUGAUGGUCAAUCAACAGCAAUAAGCGCUGUAGCCCCAACAGACACUUGCAGCUGCGUUCAUAGAUCAACUGAUAGAAGAUCGUCAGCAUCAGAUCCGCUUUUCCAUUCCAAUACAAGUGUCUUGAAUAUCUGGAUUUUUCUGAUAAAUAAAAAAAACU